AACGAACCCAUUUGCUUGCCGUACUGCCUGUCGCCAUUUUCAAAACGUCUAAGCUUUAUUGCGCACUGAUUGCGCACAGCAGAGUUGUUCAGCAAAGGAGUUUAAAUAAAGAGCCGGAUCGUUUGAAUUAUUCAAGAGAGAGAGAGAGCGGGACAUUGUGCCCCUCUAGCCGGGCCAACAGAAUGAUGGAGCUCCCUAACUACAGCAGCCAGCUGAUGCAGCAGCUGUGGGCCCUGAGGAAGGAGGGCCACUUCUGCGACUGCACCAUCCUGGUGGGAGACAGCCCUCACCGCGCACAUAAACUGGUACUGGCUGCCUCCAGCAUGCUCUUCAGGUCUCUGCUGGAUACCUCGGACACCAUCUCCAUCGACACGGCCAUGGUCUCCUCGCAGGAGUUUGGCUGUCUGCUGGACAUGGUCUACACCGGCAAGCUGCCUCUCGGCAAACACAACGUCAGCCGCAUCGUCGCCGCCGCAGACAGCCUGCAGAUGUUCGACGUGGCCGUGGGCUUCAAAAACGUCCUCACCACACUUGUGAACCAGCAAGUGUCCGUCCCGGUGGUGUCUGCACAGACGACGAGCCUCAGUGAGAUCAACAAAGCUCAGAGCACCAACGCCGAAGGUUCGGCCUCACCCAGCAAGGACGACUCCACGCCAGACGAGACUGAGCUGAAGAAGGAGGACGGUCAGAGUCAGGAAGAGGACGCAGAGGAACCAGCGUGUAAAAGAGUCUGUACCGAGCUCUCCGAGUCUUCAGAGCCUACAGAAGGCAGAUCCUCAGACAGCGUGGCGGAAGAAAACAACUCAGCAGAAGAAAACAACCCAGCGGAAGAAAACAACCCAGCGGAAGAAAACAACCCAGCGGAAGAAAACAACCCAGCGGAAGAAAACAACCCAGCGGCAGCCACUGUGUCAAUUGGACCGGCUGCUGCUUUUCUGGAGCGUUUUUCUCAACUUGUAGAGCUCCUCGCCAACAUGUCAUCGAUCGUGGAGCUGCUGAGCCAGGCAGCACAGGGAAGCAUGGAGGAACAGGGGAGACAGGUUGUGUGUGAGUGCUGUGAGGAGGCCGAUCCCAGCUCAGUGCUGGAGAAGCUGCUGAGCAGAGUGGAGGAGGGGCAGCUCAGUGAGGGAGCCAUCGUCUCGCUGCUCCGGACCGUUAGGAAGAAAGCUCCCUCCACCUUCCCCACACCUCUGCUCUCUCUGCUGGGCGAGGUGGAGAGGGACACACCGGAGCCCCACGGAAACCAAACGGCAGGUAAAGAAGAAUUUGAAUCCGAAAGGGAAAACGGCACCGGAAGUGAAGAGAAGCAGGAAGGAGAGGGAGAGGAAGAAAACAGCAAGGUGGAGACGGAGGAGGAUGAGAGAGUCAAAAAUGACCCGACAGACUCUUGUUCAUCUCCCUCCUCCCCCUCUCCCUCCCCCUCCCCCUCCCCCUCCAAGCCCUACUCGUGCCGCUGGUGCAAGAGGGGGUUCGCCUACAAGUGUCGGAUGCUGGCCCACGUGAAGCGCUGCGCCAUGUCGCAGGAGUGUGAGCAGCAGUGCCCGCAGUGCCCGGAGAAGCUGGCCAACCAGCGGGCCCUGCAGCGCCAUCGGGCCGAGGCUCACCGCAGCACCGCGCGGGCGAAGAAGAAGGUGGCCUGUGACCUGUGUGGGCGCACCUUCGCCCACCCGUCAGGAAUGAUUUACCACAAGCGCACCGAGCACUUUGAAGAGAAACCGUUUGCCUGUGAGGACUGCGGCGCCAAGUUCGGCGCCAACUCCUCUCUGAAGAAUCACAUGAGGCUGCACACGGGAGAGAAACCGUACCUCUGCAAACACUGUGACAUGAGCUUCAGUGUGGCCGCCGCCCUCGCGUACCACACCAAGAAGAAACACUCUGAGGGAAAGAUGUAUGUGUGUCAGUAUUGUAAGGCGGUCUUCGCCCAGUCCAUUGAACUGACGCGGCACGUGCGAACACACACUGGCGAUCGGCCUUAUGUGUGCCGAGAAUGUGGCAAAGGUUACAGCCAGGCCAGCGGGCUCACCGUCCACCUGCACACCUUCCACAAUUUGUCGGAACCUCAUGAUUGUCAAAAGUGUUGUCUCAGCUUCUCCUCACUGGAGGAGCAUCGACAGCACAUCCAGGAGUUGCACCCAAAGGAGUUCCACAAGUGUCCCACCUGUAACAACGUGUUCAUCAGCGCCGCCCUGCUGGACAAGCACAAGGGCACCCACACUGGAGCCAAGCCGUUCAGCUGUGAGCUGUGCAACAAGUCGUACCAGCAACUGUCGGGCCUGUGGUACCAUAACAGGACCAACCACCCGGAUGUGUUUGCCAACCACACCCGGCAGCUCAAGACCCUGGUCCAGUGUGACGUCUGCUUCAAGUUCUUUCCCAGCGCUGCGAGUGUGGCCAAACACCAGGCCGCCGAGCACCAGGGCUCGGCAGCGUCGGCUGUGCGCUGCGCCUUCUGCCCAGCGGUGCUGGCCGGGGAGGAGGAGCUGCAGGAGCACAUGAGCAGCCAGCACGUCAGCAGCCAGAGCCUGGAGGCCUUCAGCUGCCCGCUCUGCUCGCUGGUCUGCACCUCCCAGCUGGAGCUGCAGGAGCACCUGCUCUCCUGCCACAUGGAGGCUCAGGAGGACACCUCCCACACAGUGGUUGCAGAAGAUCCAGCAGGCGGCGAAGGGGCGGAGCCUGUCAGCUCUGAGGAGCAGCUGGCCGCCGCCCAGCAGGUGUUUGUGGCUCUGGCCGGGGAGAGAGAGGGCGAGUCGUCCGCCGAGGUGGUGCAGGUCAACAUGUACGACCUGCUGAACAGCUCCGUCACCUUCAUCUGCGAGGACAAGGCAGCAGGUCCCGACUCCUAACUGUUAACCCCCCACCCCAGCCACACGCCGAGGACUCGUUGUGAUCCACCAACAUCUUUCCUGUGGCUUUUCUGUUUUGAUGAAAUCGUGCGUUUGACGGUAGUUUACAUACAGACAGCCAGGCCGGCUUACACUGCCGACAAACAGCAAGCACAAAGGCAGAGAAACCCAGCGGAACUCCGUCUCGCAACCCGCUAGAGACGGAAUGUGGACUUUGGGUUACAGGUGGGGGUCUGACCCAUAGAAAUAGAACAAGAAUAGAAACGUGCUGUGGUCAUUUGACUAGUUGAGAAGAAAAUGGCGCUCAGCACAGUGCAUCGACCGUAGAAAUAGAAUCCGAGUGAGGACGGGACGGGACACAUAAAGAUCAUCGCCGCUCUGAACAUCUUGCUGUGUUGAUUUGACUGUGAAUCUGUUCUAUUGUCAUUCUAUUUCUAGGCUCUACCCAUGAAUCCAGAGGGAAAGGUCUUGUGAGGUUUAAGAUCUUUAACUUGUGUUUUGUUAAGCUUUUAAUGGCAACUCAGAAAAACCCCAUUCACUGAUAAAGACUCUGAGAUGUGACCGUUUGAAACUCUGUUCAUUGAACAUUAAGGUUUGCUGCUUUUUAUAUUUUUCUUAUUAACAAAUUCCAUGAAAAGACCCAAAACAACACUGUAUAUGUAUUUGUUUACCUCUCAAUACUCUCCAACGUCGCUCCUCUGUGGCUCUCAGGCCCAAGCCCAGUGGUUCCUACUGAAGAUGUAAAA